CGGCAAUGUGAGGUAACGGGGAAGUUCAGUCUGUGAGUCCAGCUGUGUGUCGGUACCGGGAAAGUGUUACCAGGCGUGUGUUUGCAGACUUUCAGAGGCGAUGCCAGCGCUUUGUGGAGCUGAGCCGUAAGCAAAAGGUAAGAAACAAAGUGGAGGAUAACGUUAGAGAAACAGGUGCGAAGAAAAAGCGGUCAGUUUAGACCUGGGGCUAACGUCCACGCCCUCGUGCACAUCCUUAGUUUUGAUUGAUAAUGAAAUGCUAAUAAUACGACAAAAUGAGCUCUUCUGUUGCAACUUUUGGCUGAAAUUCUGUCGAAGAUGACUAUACACUCAAAACUGCUUGAGAUAUUCACAGGUUUUGAUGAAGACACAUUUUAGCUGAAAAGAUUGAGUGACUUGCAGUUGUGUCUUCUUUUCAGACUACAUUUCAUAUUGUGUAACAGCAGCAAAUUGAACUGUAUUUUUAUAAGAACGAGAGGAAUGACUUAUAAAGGGAAAAACACAAAACAAUAAUAUAUUAUUGCUUAACGUUGUACAAAUAAAUAGGUUUCAGCUUUGCUGUAAGAAUGAAAACUAAACCACUUUACUCCAUGUCUAAACUCCUGCCUCUAAUAUACCUUUUUAUGUAUUUCUUUAUUUAUUGAAGCCCUUUUAGCUAUUAUGCAUCCUUAUAUCUUUUUACUAAAUUGUAUUCAUGAUAACAGGUAAUAUAGUUUCUCAGUAAGUUUGCUUAAUUUUUAACUCCAUUUCUAAAACAGUAAGUAUACUGUAUACUGUCAAACCCUAUUCAAUUGCCCAAAGAAGGUUAUAGAGAAAAAUUUCCAGUAAAAAGUAAAAGAAAAAAAAGGUGAGAGAGACAAGAAAAAAAAAGGUAUUAAAGAUUGGAAGAAGUUCAUCGAUCUGUGAGAGACUGCGUGAGAAAAUGAUUCAACAAACUCAAAACUCCUGUCAUCUGUUUUUUAGAGAAGCUUGGGGUGGGCAAGCAUCCUUACAUUCUGCUCUCCUGUUAUGAGUUGAUUUUGAUUUUUUCUAUGUCCUACUUAUCAUGUAUUCAGCAUUGACUGCACAACAUGCUAGUUUGCCAGUGAGCACUAUUUUCUCUAGACUUGUUUUUCAUUGUAAGAGGUUUACCCUCUUCAACAGCUAAAUUGUCAUUAUCUGGGGCUGUCAAAACUUGUUGUCUCUCAAUCGUGGGAUAACUUUCUGGCAGCGUAGAAAACAAGGCAGUGUGUUGGUUACUGCUUUAAAAAAAUCACAAGACCUAAAAUAGACCUAAAAUAUCCAUUCCAAUUCUAUCUUAAACCAUAGUGAGUGGGGUAAAUUACCAGGACAGUACAUACUAAUGGGAGUUGGAGAAAUGAGUUUUGUAAGGGUUAGAGGCCAAUAAAGCUAAACAGAAGUUUUUCUUUUUUUUUUUUUCUUGUUGAAACCAUAAUGAGUUCAACAAAGUAUAAGGAUAAAAAUGUAAUGCUUUGUCACAGAUUUGAGUUUGAUAUUUUGAAUUUCUGUCGAACAAUGACAGGGUCCAAUAAUUGAUUUUAAACUGAAAGAGCACCCUGUUUUCUUCCUGACAUUUCCUGAUAAGGUCUGAACUUCAGAGCUGACAUUUAACCGACAUGAAAGCAUCGUUCAUUUAGCAGAUUGGCUGUGUCCCACUCGCCUCUCCGUCUCUAGUGUCCAGGACAGUACUGUCUGCACACAGGUGUGUUGAGAGCUGAUGAUGUGUGAGACAGCAGGCGUUGACUGCAGAUACACCCCCAGUGCCAAUCCAUUAUAUUUGAUUACGCACAUGAUAUCACUUAUAUCACUUUUCAGAUGAGCGUCCAAACACGUAGUUUGAUCAUUUAGUUAGAUUUGGCAUGUUCAGUUCAAUGAAUACUUUUAUUACACACAGCAGUGUUUCUCAUUUGUCUCUAACAUGUCAUGUGUAUUAUGCAAAGUGAAUAGUGGGUAAUCACCCUAUAACGGGUGAUUAAGGAGGACUGUAUAAGAAAAUAAUAGUUAAAGCAGAUAAAUAUUGUUACACACAGAGAGUAAAAAAGAAAUGUUUUUUUAGGCAUACAACUGUAGUAAUGACUAAUAAACUUUUGGGUCUUUUCUAAAGCAAGUAGCCUCUGCAUUAGCCAGUGAUACAGGUCCAGAGUCAUUUGUAUGUUGGAUGAGUAGUUUUGUUCCUAUCUUUUUUUAAUUCAACUGUAAUUGAACUGCAGGGUUAAACAUUAACUAUAAAUCUAGCAUGGACGCAAAACUUAUUCAAGUUUUGGCAACUGAAUGUUGAAUGUAUGUGGUCCCCAGUGGCCUUCAAGUCAGGGUAAAUGGAUUUUUUUUUCCCUAUUAUGUGUAUCACACACGGUUCAGUAAAACUGUAUUUAGCGUCUGCACAUUGAGGACACUGUGUAAAAGAGUUAGAUAUUUUGGCCAAGUUUUUCAAAUUUAGUUGAUUACUCGAUAUGGAAGAAAGAUGUCGUAAAUAUGGUGAAAACUGUAUUUUGUGGUGAUGAUGUCUUCAGCAUUCUCUUCAAAAACACAUUGUAAUGAUACAGAAAGAAUCACUAAGUCUUUUAGAAAUAAUAAGGUUUUAGAUACACGUGAGAGACACAUGGUUUCAUGUGGUAUUGACUAUUAGAAUAGUUGACAACUGUCUGCAGCGACUUGAGUAUUUGACCAGUCCAUUAGUCAGCUGAACUCUAUGUUCUCUAAACUCUAGUUUAGCUGAAAUACCUUUAACUAGCUUAUAGGCUUUUUGCUUUAAUCCUGCAAUUUAGUUGCCCACUGAUAAUCUGCUAAACUUGUAUGAUUUGAAAGAACUUGUUUUAACACACUGUGAAUCCGAGUAAUGUUCAGUUAAAACAUGGUUGUAUCAGUUUGAUAUGAAAGACAGGCAAAUGCAUCACUUAUCAGACUCAAUAAGCAGAGUUGUUCAGAUUCCGAUACCAGUAUUGGAAAUCGCUCCAAUACUGCUGAAAAUGCUGGCAUUGGUAUUGACCAAUACUGGAGUCCAGGCACAGAUCUGAUACCAUGUAAUUUAUUACAUUAGUGAUUUAUUUACUGGUUAGCUCUGUUUGUGAUUCUGUUCUAUUUAAAAAUAAAUGGCUUGAAUUUGCUGUAUUUAUUUGUGUUUUACAAAGGGUUUAACCUGAGCCAUACCGUACCACAAUGACAAUCAUAUCACAGUCAUGCAGACCUAGUGUGAUAUUAUUUUUUUAUAAUAUACUAGUAUCGGAUCGGUACUACUCGGUAUCGGCUGAUACCCACAGCAAAGUAUACAAAGUAUUGGUAUCGGGAGGGAAAAAUUGGUAUCAGAACUAAAAUAAGCCCCUCUUGAAGGGUUUCUAUAUUACAUUGGACCCCAGAGGUAACCCCUACUUAUUAACAGAUUAACACACCGAGCAGCACUGCUACUCAAAGGGAAAUAUUAAUGCAUUGCAAAUACAGCAAUUUUGAGAUUUUAUUGGGACAGGGGGCUUUAAGACUGAUGUAUUUUUACUCUUCUUUCCUUACAUCAGGCGCUACUCAAUAAAGUGCUUAUCUACUGAUGCAAGAAGACAAGGACACACUCAUUGCAAUCUGAUCACAUGCUCACUGUAUUUAUUAUAAAACUCCUACCAAGAUAAAAGCAAGUAGCAUCUCGUCUGUGAGAUGUUUGAAGUUUACGCCACAGUUUUUGUCCCAGUAACAUCCGUUCUUUUUGGUGUCUCAGUCUAUGUGUGGAGGUUUAGAAGGUAAAUCUAAGCAGUCUACCACUGAAGCUCACUGACACUUAUCCUGAAAUGCAACCCCACCCUGCCCCCAUGUCUGUGCCGGCUCAGGUAAACCAAUGCUGCAGCGUUGUAUGCAGGCACCGAUAUGCAUGCGCACCACCACAGAUGCCACGAGACAAAGGGCCAUACAACACUUCACGUUUCUCUCACAUUUCCUUCACGAUCAGCCAGUUAAACCGUGGGGUUGAUCAGUGUCUUCUACUGCAAUCUCUCUGAUCCAUGUCCUUUUGUUACUCAAGACCCUCUGACCCUCUUAAGUCUUUUUUUAUGCUGAGUGGAUAAUAGCAUUUUACCUCCCUUUAGUGAUUUGGGUAAUACUUGUUACAAUGUUCCAAAUUGACUGGUAUCCUAACUGUUUAAAGCUCUUGCAGUAAGUUUUUAGCUGGUUCCAACUGCCUGAGAUUGUCAGUAACGCCAUUCAGUGACCUACAAAAGCAAAUAGGAACAACAGUCUACACCUGUAAUGAAGGCGUAGACAUAAAAGACAACUCAGCCCUGAAUUUCCACCAUAUCCGUAAUAGCUCGAAUCCGGAAUGGUGGCGAUUUUGGCUAUCCGCCUAUUCCGUUUGUGAGGCAGAUUUCGUGGCGGAUUACAGACAGCAGGAAUCGUCAGAACUCACAAGAACUUGCAGAUUCAUGCGCAAUUGUGCGAUAACAAGUUGUCUUUAUAAAGACAUCCACAUAAAAUCCACUUCUAGACUUCGAGAAGCAUCUCCUAAUCCAUGGUGUCAUCGGGGUGAAAUUCUGUCUUAAAACCUUUAACUUGUUUGUCCUGCCCAUGUGCAUGGUGUAAAAUAUAAUUCGCCGAAAAUACAGUGUUUUAUUUUGAAAAGUAGCUGUAUGUUUUAUUUUGUAAUUAUCUAAUCUGUGCUGAUCUUAUCCGGCAUGCUCGGGCAUCCAGAAAAAUAGAACUCUUGUGAUCAGCUGCAGAGUCCGCUGAUCCACAGCGGAACGGAAAGAAGCUGGUGGAAAUUUACACAUUAACUUGAUUGGUUACGAUCAGCCAUGAUUGGUGGAUACAUCCUUUUCGUAGCCGUUCCGGAUGCAGUGGAAAUUGGGGGUCAUACACAGAACAUGAUUGGCAAAGACAUGAAAAAUAUCACUUUGUGAAUUAGGGUAGCAAAAUUGACACUGACAGAAAUUCUUCAUAGGAUCUUAAAAAAACAAUUUAAAUUUCAGCAAAGUGAGUAUGAGAUUACUGAGUUGUAAUAUGUUUGAUGAUGUAAAAUUUUCUUGCUAAGCUAACCCUAACAGAGCUAGCACCACCAGCCUUUGGUCUUCUUCCAAAAGUGAUGUCUAUUGUCAACACGUUUGUGCUGGUUGGGCAUUGCUUAGGUUGAGUGGUCGCAUGCCAGUUUAAUCGGGCACAGCCACGGACAUAGGUCAAAAUACUGAGUUAACUUUAAUGUUAAUACAACUUAAAAUGGUUGCCAUGGAAGUAUUUCCAACCGUAAAAACUGAGGGACUGUUUUUUUUAAGCCCAUAAAUAAAUCAUCAAUGAAAUUGUUUUCAGAUCAGUCGUUAGAUAAAGCAUAAUAAUUGAGACAAUGUUAUGUGAGCAGGUGGUAAUGCACAAUACAGUCUUGGAUGAGACAAGACCCAGUACAAAGACCAGCCGGUUUUUUAAACACCAACACAUUAGCAACAUGCUCCCGUGAUAAACAUGGUCCACCUUAGUUUCUGCAGGCAACCAUUCUGUUAGUGUGGAUGAUAUGAUUACAUUUUACAACAGCGUGGUGAUGCACUGUUUUCCAACAGUUCGAAUUAGGGAUACACCAAAGAGCCUGGUACAGCUUUUGGAAGAGAAACAUAAAUUUCAACUAACCGAUUUGAAUCUAAAGGUAGAAAAAACGAGGAGAAAACAAUCAGAAUGGAGCAGAUUUUACUACUUUAUCAUAUCAUUUUUCAGUGGUACUAGAGUAAGCAGCGCUAGCACCACCAGCCUUUAGUGCGACUUGCAGUUUGACGUAGACAUGCCUCCAGUUCAACCAGAAACAGACUUAUCUCUAUUUUCUAUGCAGUACUGCCAAACUGGACUGACAAGAGGUCAUCUGUGCUUGUUUAUGUCCAGGUAGUUAUAACAGUGUUGCAUUGCGGCAACUACAGCUUGUGGUGGAUGACAGCUAUGUCACAGCUUAGACACAACAUACCAGACAGGCAUUUCAGGCCUGCAGUAAUAAAAGUAUUUAUGAUUCAUUUAUUUAACUGACUCAUGGUUUUGAUGUGAACUUUUGAGGCCAAAGUUAAAUUGUUUGGUCAAUGCUGUGCCUUAAAAAUAUCCUUGUGAAGCAGAUCUUCAAUCUGUAAACUCUCUGAAAUUUUUGAGAAGUGUAGUGUUUAUGCUUUGAUGGAUAGUAUUAAGCUUCCCUGUUUGAGUAAAUGUGUGUGUGAUGAGCAUGUGAGUGGCUGAGAGAUGAGAGAGAUUGCAGGGGUCUGUUUUGUUUUCACUGACUCUUUGUUCUGUUGGAUGUCUGUGGACACUUAAACAUUUUGUAGGUCGAAACUAUUGCCCUGAUUUCAAGUGAAGAAUUUAGGCCUGGACAGAAAAUGUUUCCGGUGGAAAUGUUUGUUAGUGGUUUGUUGACCUGUACGUGCUUUUUUUUCUGUUAUUUUUUGUUGCUUCACUAUGUGAGUCUCUGUCAAUACAUUAACUAAGACAGGGUAAUGUGUGAAGACCUUCCCGGAGUGACUCAUGGUAGGAAAAACACUGUUUUCAAGGAUUAGUGAUCCUAUAAGAAGUGACAUUUGCUUCACAGAGGUAGCAGCUGUGUUUGUGCAGCUAACUCCAACACAUUGUCACAUUUUUCCUCACAUCCAGCAGUGUGCGUUUGUGUUUUCUUUUUGUUAUUAAUGUUUCUGACAGCUUCUUAAAUAUUGCAUAGCUGGUGUUCCUGUCUGGGUCUGGGUUCAUGCCGAAGUUGAGAAUGCUGCUCCUUCUAAGGUGACAGUGGCUGGGCAGAGUGUCUCAGGUAAUGGAAACCUCAGGAGCUGCUGUCUGCUGCUUGUCACUCGUUUGUCUCCCAACCCUUUUCUGUCCAGCUCACCUCCAGCCCCACGCGGCUUCUCGCUGCCCACCCACCUCUUCCUCUGCACUGAGCCACACGUGGAGGAGUCUUAGGACAUGGAAGUGUGUAUUUCGCUGUGACAGAAUAUCUCAAGGGGGAGAAAUGAGAGAUGACAACAGUUUAGAGAUGUCGAACGGAUUAUUUACCUCCGAGUCAAACUGAUCUAAAAUGAAUAGAGGGGUUGAACUCUGAGACUGCUCUAGAGACCUUCAGGGGCCUCUUCUGACAUCUGGCAUUACGUAAUUCAUGGUAAACCUAAGGUCAAGCGUAUAUGUAUGAGCUUUUAAUGUCUUAUCAACACAAAUUCUUCUUCCUUUCUUACAAUAGUGCAUUUCUUGGGCCGCUCACUAAAUACAAAUGUUAUGCAGUGAUGGGCAGUAACAGCGUUACAAAUAGCAAUGAUAGUAGCUUAACUACAUUUCUCAGUAGGUUGGUGGCAGCAUUUCAGUUUUCUGGAUCAAAUAUCUUUUCAUUAGCUUAGAUAUUUUUGAACAAGCAGCACAGUAGCAUACACAAAACAGCGGAGUGCUCUGUUCACUGCAGCCUGGAGCUCCACUUCUCAUACCACGGGAAAUCAGAAAAUCACAUAAACUACAAAUAACUGUAGCAGACUAUUCACUCUUGUAUGACAGAUCUUUGUAUCUAACCUUUUACAUAAAGUCACAGUAGCUGCGCUGACAUGCAACAUUUUCCUCAAUACGAUUAAAUAUAAUCGUAUUGAGUGAAUCACAUGUGACCUGUAUACAUGAACCUAAAAUAAAGCUAUCUACCUUUAGUCCGUGUUUACAUAGGCCCUACCUGCAAAGGUGUGAGUGAAGAAGGGUGCACUUUUAUUUCCGGGUUUUUGUUUACAUCUGGAAAAUGGAUCAACGUCGUGUUUUAUCUUUUGUUUAUUUAGUUUAGCAUUUUUUAUCAUUGAUCAUCUACAAUGUUUUCUGAUUGAACGUUUAAUACGAUUAUAAGUAGGAUUUUAUGACCCAUGUAAACACAGCUACUGACCCAGCAGCUGCUGAUCAUAAAUAAAGAAGGGCAUGAGCUCAGGUAACAGGGACACAAAUGCAGAGGAUUUCUGAAUAAGCGAAAUAGUCAACCCAUGAAGAUAACCAUCAUCGGGCCAGUCUGCAAACACCUGCUAGUAAACUGUAAACAGCUGACAAAGUGCACCUAUUUGGGAAGAGGUGCAUAAUAAAUAAGACUGCAAAAGAGAAGUUGGAGCUGAGAUUAAGAGAGGGUCAAAUUCAUGCUCUCCAGCUCUCCUUGUUUGACUUCAUCAGUGAAAGUGUUCUGCUCAUGUUAGCAGUGACAGCCAAGCUAGCUCAUGCAAGGAAGUUGCAGUAGUAUACCUGUAAAGCUAACUGUUUGUCAUUACAUAAACCAGUAAGACAAAUGCACUGACUGAAAGCAGAUCACUGUACUUUAGGAACUGAACAGUAUGGCAGUGUGCCCGCCAUGCUGUAAGUGAAACCUUGUGCUCAGCCGAGCUUGCACUGCUGCUGUCCAGAUUGUGAAGUUAACAGAGACUGUGCACGACUUGGGUUAUCUUUCCCCCCUCUGCGUCUACAUAGACAAAAUCUAAUUAAUUCCACUGAGGUUCUGAUUGAGCCUUUGUAGUUAAUUUACAGACUGAGUGACUUCACACCGUGCUGAGAAAUGAGACGGUUACUAACGUUAAAGUUUAACUUUGUCUUUAGGUCUCACUGAUGGAAACUUUGAGGUUUCCACACAUUGUUAAUUUGCCUUUGUCUUCAAAGCAUUGCAAAUGCUGUGUUAAGGCUCUGGACUAGUUUUGAACAGAGAGCCAAUUCAUCAUCUGUCUAUCACAACUAAAGUAAAGGAAACAAAUUCACAUCCACUCUAAGCGGUAUUAAAGAAGGGGUAAAAAUAUUGGAACAAAAUUAGCAUUUUUUGUUGCCACAACUUCUUUCUCCUGCUGCUCUGCUGUCUGUAUGUCAGAGCUUUGUGGGGUUAGGCUGAUGCACACACGCAAUCAUAUACACAUAUACGCUCAAAAGCAUUUGUGUGACAGCCAAGCAAGCUGUUUGUGUGUUGCGCCUGUCAUUGGAUCUGGAUCCCCUUAAGUUCUGCACGUGUUCAGAUUGUCAUUUACCACAUCUACAAAACAACAGUCAAGAUAUUAAGUACAACUAUAUCACAAUUUUAUCCUCAUAACAUGAUGACAGAGUUGUGGAAAAGUCAAAGUCUUUGUUUGGUACCAUAGACUGUAUAUAGAAUGGACGCCGUCUAGCCACCCCCCUGGUUGCGAUGUUGACAUAUAGUUAUUGUAAGACUGGUUUGUGCUCAAGUCCUCUUUUUUCUGUGCAGCUCCAUUUUUAAAAGUUAUUAGGGGGUUCAUGUAUUCUCUGAUUGACACUCCAUACAGAUGUGCCAAGAUUGCUUAGCUCACCCGGAGGAUACGCUGUUUGAGCUGAGCGUCAUUACAGCGACACUUGGCGACUCUCCCGCUGAAUGCGUACAAUGCUACGUACUGUGGUUUACACAAUGUUGGUUUUAGGAAGUAGAUAAAAAAACAAAAACAGAAAUACCAAAUCUUCAAAUGGCUUCAAAUCUGUAUACUGGCGGAAAGCGGAACCAAGUUCUCCAUAAUCAAAUCAAAUCAAAUCAAACUUUAUUUAUAUAGCACCUUUCAUGCUUUUAAGCUGCAACACAAAGUGCUUUACAAAGAGGUAAAAACAAACAAUGUUAAAAAAGAAAAAACAAAACAAACAACAGUAAAUAUAGGGCACUUAAAUAGGCAUAAAACUCGUCCCUUCCCACCCACAGCAGCAUAUACAGGCAUGCACAGCAGCCCACCCCACACACACAUACACGCACACACGUAUCCACACACCCACACAGUAACUGUCAGUGAAUUUAGUAUGUAUGUACAGUAGUAUGUACAGUCUAUGGUUGGUACCAAGAUGAUGAACAGUGAGCAUCUGGUUAAAGUCUCUCUAAUGUUUUGUCUCCUCAGCUCAACAUUAUUGUAUGUAUCUGGACUCUGAAAAGACUGAGCGGAAAGCUGAGUCGUGAAGUAUCCUCCUUCAGAACAGCAUGAUGAGGCGAAUCGUUGGUCAACCCUGAGUAUUGUAGAGUUGGAGUCGGGUUUCUGUCCAAACAAAGUGAUGAGUUCCUUAUAGUUGACUCUGAUCAUCCUGAGGAAAAAACAGCAGGAUUCCAGACUGAGAUAAUUUAUAUGAUGCUUCUAGAAAAUUAAAGACGUUUUCUAGGUCAUCAGAAAUGAUAUCCAGUUCAGUAAACCAAUCUAAACAUAAGUCUGUUUAACAAUACAUGUCAUUUCUUUGGAAAAAUGCUGCUAAAUUCUACACAACGUACCUUUAACAUGGAGCAUAUAUCACACAACCACACUUGAAUCCUCAAGAGCAUAGUGAAAAAAUGGUUGCAGUAGUCCUUUGACUCAUAUGAUGGUAGGAUGGAUCCCAGCGGAGAAAAUAACCCUGAAGUGGUUUGGCUGAUUCACUGGCAGUUUAGAAGCAGCCUUUCAGCCGUCAGUCUGCCCUUCUUUCUGAACCUGUGUGUUCAGUUCAUGUCAGGUUUGGUUUUUUUUUUUUUUUUUUAAGUUUUUCAUAGAAAAGGAUCUAAGAAAAGAAACUGAAGCACAUUUUUCAUAUCAUGACAAGGACAGCAGGGGUAAAAUGUGUGAAGUUAUGGACAUACAUUCCUGACAAACUCCUCACUGUCAAAAUGUAAUUGCGUUCUCACUGUCAGUCAUUAUUCAGUAACUAACACGCACGUUUCCAACUUGUUUAAACAUUUGCAGAUGAUGGAAAAUAUUCUAUUCCAAAGAAAACAACUAUAAAAGUUAACACUAUAACUGACAUGUACAACACUUCCUUUUGAGGACAAAUAUUUAAACCCUACAAAAUUUCAGCACAGGUUCUGCUUUAAUGUUUUGUGAUCUUUAACCUAGUCUAGUCUAGCAGUCUAGCUCUCGUACUGUUAUGAGGAAGUGAGGCAUUUUGUUCUUCUGUUUCUCCUUUCACAUUUUUUGACAUAAGGAAACUGAAAAGCUCCCACCCAUAUUUAAAGGCUGUUGGAGCAUCCACAAUUUCAUAAUCAUCUCUUUUUUCCCUCGCACUCAUGGGAAGAAAGUCUGUAGUUCCCAAUGCCCUCUGGUCUAAUGAAACAGAGUGACAGUUUCUGCUCCAAUGAUUUGAUCUUUCAGUCUGUUUCUGCUCCAUGAUGGUAAGACGACAUUUUUGUUCUGACAACAUUACUGUGAUAUUUGCAAUGCCGUUACAUCUCUGCUCUUUUGUGUGUGCAAUGUUUGUGUUAUUAGUUGUGGGAAACAAACAGUGCUAUUUAAAUGAUGUAGCUCUUGGUGAGACAGCCUGUAUUGAUUAUCUGAGCCGUAGUGCUGUGUAAAUAUUGAAGGAAACUGAGAGUGCAGUACAUUAAUGACUUGUAAGAUACAUUGCAAUUUGUUAGGCCUUGGAGUGCACAGUUACAGGAGUAGGAGAGUUUGCUAUGAAUGUUUUUGUUUAUGGCUGAUCUGAAAUAUAAUCUGAUCUGUGAUACAAAUCAAUUGAAUCUGUGACUUGUUGUUGACCUGGGAUGAAGUGAAACCCAAAGGAAGAAGUACAAGCCUCCGUCUUUCUGUGUCACAGGAAGUAUUAUCAGCACAAUUCAGUGUUGACUGUGAAAAUAAAAUGUGAAAUGUUGAAUAUGUUUGUUUGCAGAAGAUACCUUUACGACUACAUUAGGGGUUUGGUCCAUCUCUGUUUCUGUGUCUGUGUUGCCCUGUGGAUUAUCUUACACUCUGAUUCAUCGGGUUCAUUGACAGGCCCAUCGCAGUAAGCCAAAGCCCUGUGUUACUUAUUAAAGGGCUGGAUCUCUUUCCUUUCUUUAUCUGAACUGCAACUAGAGGGGCGGUCAAACAGAGCGACUGCCUUAAUGCCAUGAUUUGUGUGGAGCUUCAAUAGUAAUCAUGCUGCAGUGUAUUUAGUUCUUACAGAGUGGAACUAAAUUCACUGCUUUUGUCCGUGAAGUCUGGUGGUUUUGAGGUGAGCAGCAUCCCACAAAGUUUACCUCAUUAAUGGUCUUUUUACACUUUGUUGUCCGACACUUGAAAAGUAAUACUGUAUAUGAGCUUGUGAAUUGCAAAAACAACAAGCUCUUACUUGUUAUCUUGUAUCUGGAGUGAAGUGAUUUUUAAUAGGAAGCAUGUGUUUUGUGAAAGAUGAGAUUUAUGAUUUUUGAAGAGUUCGUUUUUUUCAAUUCCUAUUUUUUUAGGUUGAGAUCAUUCAUCAGAUUUGAUCUUAGCAAAGGGUGGUAACUGGGAAGUGAACCAAUGACUGGCACACAAACAACCAUAGCCCCUUAUCGUUGGCUGUCAGCACCCCAGCAGAGCUUUUUACAAAUGACUCUGUUCUGCUGGGCUGAACUUACCUGAGGGAUCUUUAACAUCUUAUUUUUAAGUUUUGGUUAGCUUUCUUUCUUUCCUUUCUUUUCUUUUCUUAGCUUUCUUUAAAGACCUUUCUUUAAAGCUGUUUUUAAUUAUGGCAGUACCCACAACUUUAAUGUCAGACCAAGUCUUACCAUUGUAAAGCUACAAAAGUCGUCCCAUGGUACGCUUGCCUCUCUAACUCCUUGAUAGUAUAUUUUAUAGUUGCUUUGAUAUUCACUAGAUGUUUACAAGAAAAAACUAAAAAGGAUUGAUGUCAAUGUUUCCCUAGCAUUUGCAUUAGCAGACGGUUUGGAGAUCUGGGGACCGAGGUUAUUUUCUCUUCAGGACAGACCUCUGUCAUUGUUGUUGACAAAGUUGAUUUCAGAAAUCCCUUCCUUGCUUUGAUUGGUGAGUGACAGUGAAGUGACAUUGAUGACUUGAUUAAGCUGAAGUCUUUCAAAUGACUUACUGAAAGUUAGCACUGUCACAAUAUGAGAAAUUGUUAUAAACACAACACUGAAGCCUGGCUCAAAUGAAGGAGUUCAUUAUUUUUAUAAAACAAACAUCAAUAACGUUGAAGUUGAUCUUUCCCUAGCAUUAGCAAAAGCUUUGAGAUGAGACGUCCCUUUUUGGCUUUGAUUGGUCAGUGACAGUGAAGUGACAUGGAUGACUUCCUUCAGUUUAGUUGUUUCAAAUGACUUAGAAUUGACUGAAAGUUAGCACUGUCACGAUAAACACAACUCUGAAGUCUGGAUCAAAUGAAUGAGUUCAAUAUUCAUUUUAUGAAACAAACAACACUCAUUCACUCAGAACAGUUACAUUUCAUUGAAAAGAGGCCAUGUUAUAUUUCCGGGCUUUCAGAAGCUUUAGUUCUUCAAUUGUUCUCUAAUGUGUGUUGAUUUAUCCCACUUCAUAUUGUUACCACUAUAUGGAACUAUGUUUUCAUAUUUUAUCAUAUUGUUCAGGCCUUCAUUUGAAUCUAGGCCCAGUUAAUUUCCUAUUACCGCCUGUGAAAUUCGUCCUCCCUGUCUGAGUACAGGUAGGAAAUAUUAAACUGGUAAAGGUGCUAACUCCCUUUUAUGCUGGCACCCCUACCAGUGAAAGAUAACCCCAGGCAAUCACUUAUCAGAGGUGCUGACAGUAGCUGUGUCAGAGGAGAGUAAGAGGAGAUGAGCUGUCAGCUCUCUACCUCUGUGUGCCAGGAUAAUUGAGGAUAAGGAGACCACAAACCUGUCUGCACCUCAAACGACCCUCGAACCCAGCUGUAAUCAAGAACUGUGAGAAAACAGGGCCAGAUUUUGUUUAUAUUUUUUUCUUUCGUUUAUCACAAUUUCUUCUUCGUAAAGUUUUUUUUCUUUCCAUCAGAGGCAAAGUUUGGCAGUAAGGUGCCCAGUUAACAUUUUUUCCUGGAGCAAACUAAAACAGCAGACUGGAGUCAGUGUUACAGCAGAGGAAAGCUUUAAACUAUUCAGAGUGAGGGGCUGCAGUAAACUGUCGAUUUCUCGCUCCAUGUACUCGAUUCCUCUGCUGGGAGCAUCCUUUAAUGUCUGGCUGAGAAAUCCACUAGACUCCUCUCCUGAGUGAUGUUUAGAGAGCUGCUUAGAGGUGACAUGAAAGGAAGUGAUAUCCUGCUAUAUUUAGGUGAAUGCAUCCAUCAAUAAUGCAUCCAGCCCUUCCAGCUCUGGCUUCUUUGAUUAUCUGGCCCUCAUAUAUUCUCCCUUUGUGGCUUUACUUCAUCCGAUAGAUAGUCUGCAUUGAAAGAUAAAUUUGUAACUAUAGAGAACAACUCGGUGAAUGGACCAUAGGCUCACAUUGGACUCUGAUGACCCUUAUACAGCAGGGUGUCAUCUGUACCGUGGCUGUGGUACAUUUUAAAGCAGGGCCUUUGUACAAUAAUUGGUUUGACAGAAUUAUACAUUUUCAUCCCUGUAAAAAAAACAACAAAAAAAAGAACCGCUACCCUCAGUAACUUGUCCACUACUGUUGUCCACUAAGAAGCUGAGGAAGUUAUUUUUGGUGACUCCCCCCCCUACACCCCCUUCCAGCACCCACUGGUGUAAGGUGGCCCUCUGUCUGAGGUCGUGGUAACCAUAGCAGGCCUUGGAAAGUGAAAUGCGAUGCGGCGAGCCCUCUGGACUGUGUUUCUGAAUCACAACUCCAUAAUGAGCUGGCUCAGCUCUAGCUGCAUCAAAGAUGCAGCACUCUGGUGUCUGUUUCAACUCACGAUGCACAAUAGUGCAGUGUCACCUGUGCAUGGGAAGAGGAGGGGCAGGUCCAGGAAGAGCACAGAAAGACUGAAAGCUUUCUGCAACCUGUGGUACCCACACCCAAUCAUCCCAGGAGAAGAUUUCAUUGAAACCCACCCUCAUAAGAUGAGUAGACAGCUGUUUACAGGUUCAGUUGUUAAUCAAGGGUCAAGGUUCAUUUCAUUUUAGCCAAAGGGAAAAAAAAAGAUGCGGAUUGUAGGUGAAUGGAUUGUAGUCCAACUAUGAUAUGCUUGUACCACAAAAAUCAACUAAAAGUAAAAAUCUGCAACAUUUCAUCAAGAAGUUACUGAGAUGUUUCGAUCUGAACUUUAGAGGUUGAUCAACUGAUGCAAAGCUGGGCCAGGAGAACUGUAAUCUACCAUAAAGUGAAGCCCAACACUCCUAAAAGCUCUGCCAUUACAACUAACUAGUACUGUAUGUAGAGUAAAUCGGUCUAACCGCAUUAUUCAUCCCUCAUCUUUCUCUCCAGGAGAGUCCUCUGACCCAGCGUCUCCUCCAGUGACCCCAGCCUCUUUUGACUCAGGGACACCAUGGGACAACACCCUGUUUGCCUCUCCCCCUUCUUCUUCUACCUCUUCUCCCUCCUCCUCCUGGCCCAGUCCUGCGCCUCCUUCAGGCCACAGGUUGUGGAGCGAGCGUCCGUCCCUGAGCAGCCUCAGUCCUCUGGUAACUCCACAGGGCCCAGUAAGAAGACAUGCGCGGGGGCUGUGGUUUGUAGACCGGGUAUCCUUCUGCCUGUGUGGCUUCCUCUCAACCCUCCAGUGGGGGAGCAGGCGGGGAGAGCUGUGGUCUACUUCCUGUGUCUCAUGUACAUUUUCCUGGGUGUGUCUAUCAUCGCAGACCGCUUCAUGGCCUCCAUUGAAGUCAUCACCUCUCAGGUUUGUUUAAAGUGGUAACUAUUUGUUGAUCACUCCAAUAGAAGAAAUACCACACUAAAGGCUGUGUUGUUGUACGAAAUAUUAGCUCUGAUUACCUUCAGCCCUGGGCCUGUUGCUGCGUUCCGGUUACCUCGGAAGUUGGAGCUAGGAAUGACAUUACACCCAAGUUAACAGCGUUCCAGUAAACAAGUCAGAAAACCAAGAUGGAUGCCCUGUUAGCCAUUGUUAGCUGUUGUUAACAAUUGCCAGCUGUUGUUAGCUGUUGUCAGUUGUUGUUAGCUGUUGUCAGCAGUUGUUAGUUGUCGUUAGCUAUACCAUUUGUAAACAAUUCAUUACACAGUAUUUUACUCUACAAACACCAUAGAACUGUGUUCACAGUUAGACGUUGGGCAGUACAGCAAAUACCACUAAUUUAAUUUCACAGAAACAAAACAGGUGCUAAUAAAUAACAAAUUACGAGAGCUUUCACUGUUACUCUUUACUGUUGAUGCACUGCGCUGCCAUCUUGGAUUAUGACGUUGUCGUCAAGUCAGGGUUGGUGAGGAUUGUCCGACUUUCCGGGUUGGAAAUCCGACUUCAGGGGGAUGUUACAGAUUAAUUUCCGACUCAGAGCUCAGAAAUCCUGACUUCCGAGUACAACUGGAACGCAGCAUGUUACCUACAAAUGUAUCAUAGCAGUGCUGAUAUUUAGUAUAACAGCGCUGCUGUUUUAAUUUUCAAACUUGAUUAAAUGAACUGAAAUGUAGUUAUAUGUGUAGGAGAAGGAGGUGACCAUCACAAAACCAAAUGGAGAAACGACAGUGACAACAGUGAGAGUCUGGAACGAGACUGUGUCCAACCUCACACUGAUGGCCCUGGGCUCCUCUGCACCUGAGAUCCUACUGUCUGUCAUUGAGGUAAAUUAGCCAUUUCUCAUGCUAUUAUACAUGCAUAUAGUAAAUUAGUAGAUUUACAGGUAAAAGUCCUUGUACUAAAAAAAAAUUACCCCAGAUUCAUGAAAACCUGGAUUUAAUCAUAGGCAUGUUUUGUAGGCACAGAGAAAGAAAGUGAGAGAAAAAAUGUUCAAGUGUGGAGUUAAAUAUCUGAGGCAGUCAGAUUGGACACACCACAUUUCUUUUCUUUCCAUCCCAAUCCUGCACCGCCAAAAAUUGGGGCCAAGUUGUCCAAGGGAAAUAUUUGAUUAUCCUCCACAUGACUACCAAUAUGCCUGAUCAUCCUGCCCCCAAAUAUAAAACCUUUACCUUCUUUGAUGUUAUGUACACAGUGUAAGUCAUCAUUAAAUCCUGUCUGAUACUGUUUGUAUUUCCUGAGUUUUAGAUAAUUCACAAAGUUAAUCUACUGUUCUUCAUGUGUUAAUAUACACAUGCCUUUGUAUUUGGAGAGUGACCUUCAUUUUCUGCUGGUCAGAGUGCUUGUUUCAGUGGAUAUAACAUCAUCCCAUGUAUUGACGUAACCCUGUACAGUGACGUGUGUAUUUUCUGCAUCUUGUGUUUUAGAUCGUUUAAAUAUAACCAUAUAAUUCAAAGUCUGGUCUUUAAUGUUGAUAUAUUUCAUCUGAAACAUGGGUUUCAUCAUCAGUUCCACUUUGAAGAACUUAUUGUGAUGUCUUUCCUUUCUCUCCCUAAACGUUGACAGGUGUGUGGGCACAAUUUUGAUGCGGGAGAACUCGGCCCCGGAACCAUUGUGGGCAGUGCUGCGUUCAACAUGUUAGUGAUCAUCGGACUGUGUGUGAUGGUGAUCCCUGACGGACAGUCUCGAAAAAUCAAACACCUGCGGGUGUUUUUCAUCACGGCCUUCUGGAGUAUUUUUGCCUACAUUUGGCUUUACCUCAUACUGGCUGUCAUCUCACCUGGGAUUGUAGAGGUGUGUUUGCAAUUACUUCACAUCCUGUGUAUUUCCUACGAAUAGACCUGUUAAAAUUAUCAUCUAACAUUCAUAUCUCUGACGUUUCCAGAUUUGGGAGGCUAUAGUGACCUUGCUUUACUUCCCUGUGUGUGUCCUCCUGGCUUGGAUCGCUGACCGUCGCCUUCUCUUCUAUAAAUAUAUGCACAAACGUUACCGUGCCGACAAGAGGCACGGUAUUGUGGUGGAAAUGGAGGGGGAUCUGGCUCCUAAAGGCAUUGAUAUGAUCAUGGAUGGAAAGCUAUCAGAUGGGGGCGCAUGUCCUGAAAACUCACCCAGUGUGACUGUCUCUGUGCAGACUGGCAACGAAUUGGACCAGAAAAACAAUGACGAGGUAAGACAGGUAGAUCAGGUAGACAGAAAGCAGAAAUAAGAACAUCCAAAUGUAAUGUUGAAGCUACCUGACUGAAUUUUAAAGGAGUAUUAGCUUUCUUGAGGCUAGAUAGUGUUAAUCCCAGCAGAGGUUUGAAGGCACGAGUGUAGACAGCAGGAAGCUGAUCAGUAUGAGCCUGAGAAGUUUACAAAGCUUCUGCGGUCAAAGUCCACCAAACUUUCUGCAGGACCUCUGUUGUAACAAUCACCUCUUUGCCCUUCUCUGAGUCCAUCUUCUUCUGUUUGUUGAUGAUAAACCUAUAGCUUCUGGGAGUAAUAGCCAAGAGCAGUCAGAGUUAAGCCAACUUCUGUAGGGUUUUAGUGAUGCUGACAGACUUCUUUCACAUUAAACUGUAAAUGAUUCACAGUCUGGCCAGUAACUUAAGAGGAUAGAAUGGAGUUGAUGUUGAGAUGAUAUCUCAGGGUAGAUUUUUGGCUUCACUUUCAUUUAGAUAUAAUUUUAUGGAGAACAAAUUUUCUAAAAAAUCCCAAGUAGCUUUUCUGGCCUCCGUACACAUCUGAUUUUUAAAUUUUUGCAUAUCUUCCAAUACUUAGGAUUCCAUAUAUGAAAUUUACCGUGGGGCACUGCCACGGCUAAAAAAAGCUGCCACAGCUUAAAAAUUAGGGUUUUUUUCUUACAUGGCUGAACCUCAGACUCAUAUGUAUCAGUUUAUGCGCUGCACUGUGGAGUAUUAGCAUUGCGAGUUACCAUCGGCGAUCACACAGCUGUUUAUCCCCCUCCCCCUUUGCGCUCUCUCUGAGUCACCGCCUCAUAUAGAAUCCCGUCCUGGGGGAAACACUAAUACUGAUUCCCAUUGUAAAUCAUGUGUUCACCUACAUCAUGGAGCUACUUUUUUUGUUCACCAACGUAAAAUGAAUAAAUGAAAAUGGUGUAAACAAUCUUCAGUUUUACACUGUUCAAGCUCACAUUUCAGUUAACCAGUUAAAAGUCAAGUCACGAUUUUUUGAACAAGCUUCAGACGAGACAGAGGGGCUUGGUUAAUAAUCCCAGUGAAAGAGUGCGCUGUAAAAUCUCUCUUGAAUACCCCUUUGGCUAAUUGAUGACAACCUGUAUGAACCUCUUAUUUCAAAAACUCGUAUUUUUUCUCCCUUUUUGAUGUCGGUUGUCUCAGAGACACGUAUGAUGGUUUCCCAUGACUGAGUAUUAUAAUUAAUUGUGAAUAUGCUGAUGUAAACUUCAUUUGUUCAAAAACUUGCAUCCUCUAACCUGUGAGGGACACACUUGUAUUAAUGUUGAUGUCACAGCAAUAAAAAGGCUUGAAUAAAUAUCCAGUAUCCACAGAUUUUGCAAAGAAGGUUCAAACAAGGGCGUUAAACUUGAAAGCUAAUUUUUUCCUUUUUUUGGUAGGUGGUCCGCAUCCUGAAAGACUUGAAGGAGAAACAUCCAGACAAAGACCUGGACCAGCUAAUUGAGAUGGCUAACUACUCUGCUCUCCUUCAGAAGAAGAAAAGCCGGGCUUUCUACCGCAUUCAGGCUACACGCAUGAUGAUCGGUGCUGGAAACAUACUGAAGAAACAUGCCGCAGAGCACACACGGCGCUCAGGGGGUCAGGACUCUGACAAGGCCACCUGCUCACACAUCUGUUUUGAGAGUGCCCAAUAUCAGUGCACAGAGAACUGUGGCUCCAUGAGCCUCUGGGUGGUCUUGGAUGGGGGUACAGGUCAGGACACUUUCUAUGUGGACUACUGUACAGAGAACGGCUCCGCCAAUGCUGGAGCAGACUAUGAGUUUACGAAAGGAACUUUGGUGUUUAAACCAGGAGAGACACGCAAAGAGAUCAAGGUGAGUGCUGAGAAAAGGAGAUAGUGAAACAGCAGCUACAUAUACUAUAAUUAAUAUUUCAGUGUUUUUGCUGUGCAGUGGUAAUUCGUCCUGUGUUUCCUGUUAAUCUUCAAUAUCAACAAGCUGAAUAAACCAGAAGUUUUGUGCAGAAAGGCACUGUAAGGAGAUUUGUACAGAUUCUGACAAAGACUUGUCUAGAUGCAGAUGCCUCAUGACCUCUAUGGUAACAUGAGAUUAUCAGUGACAACACUUGGUUAUUUCUUUCAACUUUAUUUUGGUGCCUGUGUUGGGGUCAAAUUUUCAGUGAAAAAAUCUGAGUGGAUAUGCAGCACACACUCUUACAUUUCUAUAUGUUUGAAGCUGUUCUCUCCCUGUUAGCAGCUGGAUUUUUUGUGCGUUUGUUGUUGUUUCCCGUGUGUUCAAGGCUCAAGAAGUUAGAGAGAGAGAGAGGAAGAAAAUGAUGAGUUAGGAUUUAUCCUGCUUGUGUCAGAAAAGUGAUCCAGUAGCACAUUGAAUGAAAGCAGAGUCAGAGCCUGAGUUCCUCGUGUGACAUAAUAUGAUGGGAUUGUUAAAAAGGUAGCAGCUGUUCUGUAGGAUGAUGUUCUUAACCAAUCCUCAGUCUUUUUAGGGGAAAAUAACAGGCUAACUAUAAAGUUGUUCCAAUUCCAAUACCAGUAUCUCAAAUUGCUCUGAUACUGCCAAAAAUACUGGCAUUGGUAUCGGUGAGUACUGGAGUCCAGGCACAGAUCCAAUACCACGUAAUUUGUUAAAUUAGUAAUUUAUUUACUCGUUAGCUUCGUUAGCCCUGGUCUGUUUAAAUUCCCUUUUAAUUUAAAAAUAUUGUGGCUGCACCUUAUUUUUUUAAAAAUAAUUAUUCCUAGAUUUAUUAACUUAAAUAGUAUUUGCUGUUUUUUAUACUGUUCUAUUUAAAAAUUAAAUGGCUUGAAUUUGCUGUAUUUAUUUGUGUUUUACAAAGGGUUCAACCUGAGCCAGACCUUACCACAAUGAUAAUCUGGUAUCGAAUCGGUACUCGGUUUCAGCCAAUACUCACAGCACAAGUAUCAGAAUCAGUAUUGGGAGGGGAAAAUUGGUAUCGGAACAUCUCCAGUUUACCUGGCAGACUUAAAGCCACAAUUGCAAUCAGUUAUGUUUAGAAUUAUUGUUUUUAUUAAUGUAACUUCAGUAAUGCACAAAGUUUGCAUAGUUCUGUUUGUCACUGUAUUUUAGCAUUGAAAGCUGUGCAACAAAUUCAUUGUGAUCAUAUGUGUUAAAGUAAAAAUGAGAAAAGAGUUUAUAAAACUUUUGCCAUCAUAAUCAAAGAAACUUAUUCCAAUUUUUAUUCUUAUAGUUUUCUGAUUGGCUGACUGUGAUUUUUUUUACCAUUAGGCAAUAGCUUUCUAAAAGAGAUCGUACUUAACGACAUAUCAGGGUGUCUUGUCGUUGGAUCUCAAAUUUGAAAUUUUGGGUGUCAUGAACAAACAGCUCUUGCCUCCUUAUCUAUGAGAAGAGUAACAAAAAAUCCUCUGUGCUCUACAGGUGGGAAUUCUGGAUGAUGACAUCUUCGAAGAGGAUGAACAUUUCUUUGUGCGCCUCCAGAACUUGAGGUUAGAGGAGGGUGGAAGUGAAGGGACAGGAAGUCCACCAAAGGGGAGACUAGUGGAGCCGCUGGUUGCCACAAUCACUAUCCUGGACGAUGACCAUGCCGGGAUCUUCACCUUUGGCCAGCAAGUGCUGCACGUCAGCGAGAGCACAGGCACACUGACGGUGACAGUAGUGAGGAAUUCAGGCUCCAGGGGGACAGUCUCUGUACCGUACCAUACUGAGGAUGGAAGUGCCAAGGCUGCGGUGGACUAUGAGGACACCAGAGGGGAGCUGGAGUUCACUAAUGAACAGACCAGGUGAGGUUUAGUCAGAAACCACAGGCAGAGAGUGGGAAACAAAACCUCGGAGCCUCUGAGUCUGAUGGAUUUGCUUCCUAGAACAGUAAUCUAUUCCUGUCCAGGAAGUAGACAGUGCCAGGCAUCAUGACUCAUCAGGUUGCAUCUCUGAUAUACAUCACAUUUUGACCAACAGGCCUCUAUUAAUUAUAAGGUGGCAUAAUUGUAUGUGAGUAUGUAUGUAUUUGUAAUUUCCCGGCCAACCACAUGACCAAAAUUAGCCAUAUUUCAGUUUCAUAAUCAGUGAAUUUAUACAAAGUAUACCUAUUAUUAUUAUCAUUUAGUUUAUUUAGUUUAUUUACUCAUAUUGUAAUAUUAGUUGUUUAUUUUUUUAAAUGUGCAAUGUCAAACAUAGGAAAUGAGGCUUCAUUUCAAUCCAUUCAACCUCUCAAAUCUGAAUGUGAUUUUUUUAGCUUUCAUCGACUGAGUUUGGAAUUGGUUAGGGAAUGUAGGGAUAGUCAGGGGAUGUCCUCAGUGUUAUUCUGGAAGUGUUAUAUGUCCAGACCAAAAAUUUGGUCUAGUCAUGAUAAUAAAAAGCACUGGUCUACAAAAACAUGCUAAUCUUGUGCAGGACUUAUUCAUACAAGCCAGCUAUCACUCUGUGGGUCACUAUGGACAGAGGCUGUAGACUGCAUUUAUAGACAACACUGACAUUUAUCAAGAGCACUCCCUUUUUCUCCUUUUCUCAUCUCUCUCUCUCUCUCUCUCUCUCUCUCUCUCUCUCUCGCCCUCCCUCCCUCCCUCCCUCUCCCAGAGCUGGGAAGUUCAAUACAUUAAAAUAUAAUCUACUCAAUAUUCCUGUAAUAUUCUAUGGUUAUGGAUUGCCACUCAAAUGAUUAAACCUCAACUUGUGUUUGUGAUUAAGAAGAACAACCUGACAUUAGAUUCAUCACUUUGCAGGAAGCAUUGCGCAUUAAUGCACAUUAAUAAUAACAGGAUAUAAAAAAGAUAAACAGUCUUUACUGCUGCAACGAUUGCUCACUUGGGCAGUGGUAAAGACUGAAGAGAGAGAGGUAGAAAGGUAAAAGACUAAAGCAGUAGCCUUGUGAAAUAGUCCCAUUUUGUUCUUAAUUGUUCCAGUUUCAUAAUAUACAAUCUACCAGAAAUAGUCAACUUAAGGUAAAAUAAGUUCUCUUUUAAAAAUAUAGAUAUAAUUUCAUGACAAGUUGGUGCAUAAAACCCAAGCCAAAAAAAUACAAGCCAUAAGGUGUUAAAUGCUUAAAAUGUUCACACUUGACACUCAACACUUAAAUUGCAUUGAAUGUUAUUGUUACUGUUAUUUUGCAAAACAUGCGGUUAAUGUGAGGUUGUUCUUACUUUUGUUAUAUGGUCAUUAACAUUUCAUCAUUUGCAUGCAGGAAGUGUUUGAAUGAGUAUGAUGGUUCUUGCACACAGUGAGGAAGACACCACCUUAGCCCCAUUUUAAGCCAGUAAAAAUCGCUGUGUGUUACUGUUAUUGAGUUACUGAAAGAGUUGCACUGUAAUUCUUUAUCUUACAGGGAUAUUCCUAUUGGUAUUUAUGACAGGUAUAUAAAUUUGUUUCUAGUCUUAUCAGUGGCUAAUUAACAAACCAAUGAAUGCUUAUUGCAAGGACCUCAUUAUAAAGUGUUACUGAAUAGCACAAACCCAACCUGUGACAAAUUUUGAUUUUGUUUUAAUGUGUUGGUGGGCGUUUGUGGAGUCUUAAUCUGUGUAGAUAAAUAGCAGAAACAGACAUAAUCAGUAAUAAGGAAGACUGCUGGUCCUCUUCUCAAGCCCACUAUGCAAACACACAGCUUCCUGAACCUCUCUACUGUGGCCCACCAUUGGUGCUUUAAGAAAUGACACACCUGUACCUCAGUGAAACGUAACUUUGAGUUAUCAGUCACACUGCAGGUGGAGGAGGUCCUUUUAGGCAGAGUUACAGGAUGACUUGACACCUGAAGAUUAUCCCAUCCCCCUGAUCAGGUGUGGGAACCUCCAGUCACCCCAUGUAAACCAACAGAUCCUUUUCACAUUAAAUUUUCAGGUUAUAUAAUCUGUGUUUGCACAUGUACUAAUCGUACACUUAGUGAGAGGCUGUUACAUAACAGGCCCAUCACAGAAAAGGAUGAAAUAUAACACUUACUGCCUUUUAAAAUCAAUAAGUCAAGUCUUGUUCCUUUAUUUUGUCAUUUUUAGUUCAUUUUUUUAAUAAGCUGUUAUUAUCUGUGUUUACAUGCCCACCUUACAAGUCUACACAGACAUCAGAGCUUUAACAAAACCCUUUUAAUACACUUUGAUUAAGCCGGAGACUGUUGUGCUGCAACUCAUUUAGUUUUGCUGUGUUUGGUUGGCACACUGAGGAGCAAGAGCACACUCUUAUAAGACUGAAUUAUUCAAAGGUCCAUUGUUAUUAAUUAUUUAGCUCUCUUGAAUUUGCGAUGUGAUUUAGAUGGUAGAGUUAAUGUUUAAAGUGAGGAGGAACUUUGUAAUAAUGCACUUUGAACUUACCUUAUUUAAUAGAGCUUAAUUUUCACAAACGGAUAUUGAGAUAAUCAUAUAUUUAUAUAUAUUUUUUUGUGUGUGUGUUUGUUAAUGUGUGUGUGCUUUUGUAUCUCCAGUCAGGUCUUGACAGUGCACAUAAUAAAUGUGGGAGAGUACGAAAAGCAGGAAAACUUCUUUAUCGUGCUCGAGGAUCCCAAGUGGCUGAAGCGGGGAAUCUCUGGUGAGUGUGGAGCCAAUUUAAAUGUCACGCAAAGUGUCUCAGUAACUUGGUUAACCGUUGCAGAAUGAAAUGAUUUUCAAGAAAAAGCCUGAUUAUAUUUGCAUGAAGUAGCAACAGCCCAACAAACAGCAGCAGGAUCAAGUAUCAAAACAAUGACAAGAGCCGCACAGGAGGCUGAAUGCUGUGCACCUGCGUCACAGCCAGUAACCCAAGAUCACACCCUGCUGUCUCUGUUUCACUGCUGCACCCGUGCUGCAGACAAUUAUGACUUUAGUAACCUUUAGGUGCCCGUUUCCUGUAAGCUUAAUGUGUUAAAAGAAUGGUGCAGGAAAUCGAUCUGCACUUGUUAGCGGAGGCAAAAAGAAUCAAUUACACGGGGGAGUAUAUAGUUUAUCUCCUUAAGUUUGAGUGGAAAUUAAGGCCUGCUCUCUCCAUGUCUUAACUGUUGAACAAAGUAUAGAGUUCAUCCUGCUGCAUUUUGUAUUCUCUCUCAAGUCACUCCUCUGUUUGUUCCUGGAUGUUGAUCUGUCACAUUGUAUUAAAUCAUUGUCUGUCUGUCUCCACAGCACUGCUUCUAAACCAGGGUAAGAUGGUUUGGUUGUAGGUUUGCAUGUUUAAGGUGCAGUGUGUGCAGCAUUUUAAUACAACAACUUAUUAGUGUGCAGUUGCAAAUUUGCAUGGGCAAAAUCUGCAUUAGCAAAUAAGAGCAGAUUUUGCCCAUAAUCCCUUCACCCACUCUGCUUUAAAAAGGGAAGCAGUAAAGAGACAGUAGCAUGUACUGGGAGUAGAACCAUCUUUCAGGGAUAUCUGUAAAUCGCUACCCCUCCUUCCAUCCAGGAGACCACCCACAGUAAAUAAAAAUUAAUAAAUAAAUAAAUAAAAUAAAAAUAAAAAAGCAUUAUCAUUUACAGAAACAUUGUCAUUUAGAUGUUGUAAUAGUGCCGGCUCUAGAGCCAUUUCUGGCAAAGUAUAUCUAACCUUAGCAUUAAGGCUCUGAUUUAUUUAAAUGCUAGAAAACAAACUAUAUGUGUUACAUAUGAGUGAGGUCAGAGGCAGGAAACCCAUCACAGUCCCAGAUCUCAUUCCUAAAGACAAAAUAUCAUGUGAGAUUGUCUUGCUCAAUGUUACAAACAGGUCCUUUAGAAACAGUCUACAAAAGUGUGUGCAGUGUUUGAAACAUUUUUUAUUUUUAUCUGCAUGUGUUUCAAAGUUGACCCCAUGACCUCUGUAAUAGAUAUGUCAGAAAUAUUUCAAGGUUAACAGUGAAAUAAACAAGACAGUAUGGUUCAAUGUGUCAGAAUAUAAGAGCAAUGCAUGAAAAAAAAACAAGGAGGAAAAGUAAUUCAGUGUUUUCAGUUACUUUGUUCUAAGGAAAAAGUUAAAACGUUGAGCUGUGAAUAAAACCAAACUUUGUUUUCAACCUAGUAUUUUAACAUUUUGACUUUAUUCCUAAGUUACAAAGUAACAGAAAAGUGUUUUUUUCUGAUUUGAGAACUUCAACAGUAACAUAAAUGUCUGUACUCUCUGACAGGGAACCCCACUCCCGAGGAGGAGGAGGCCCGGAGGAUCUCUGAGAUGGGAAAACCAAUUUUAGGAGAGCACAGCAGGCUGGAGGUCAUCAUUAUGGAGUCCUGUGAGUUUAAGGUAUGUGAGUGACCGAUAAAACACAAACAGCCCAAGUGUUUCUUUUGAAGCAGCGGAGAUGGUUUGAGAUGUUCAAUCAUAAAAGUAUGAUUUUGAAAUGCAAAAAAGUUGAGGUUUGUGAGUUUAUAAACAACCUCUCACCUUUUUAAACUUCAGACUCCCAAUGGAGUACUCGACCAGGUACAGUUCCUGCCAGCAUGCUGUGAGAUUUUGGACUGAAUAUACUUCUCAUCAUUUCUCUUUAAAGUCUUGCUGCUGUUAUAAAACUAUUAAUAUUCAGAUCUUCCUUUUUCUUCUUUCUCAGUAUUUGUCAAGGAUUACAUAACUCAUAACCCUAAUUUGUUGUUUGCUGUGUGUGUUAAAUGUUUGACUUGUCGUUUAAAUUCUGAGCAGGACAGAAGCUGAUUUAAUAUUUUCCAUACUUGUUUUGUAUGCCAUAUUAAGUCUAGUUAGCAAGUAGGCUGUGAAAAAAUACAGAUGUAUUACUUUGUUUGUCUUGACUAAUCAUUUAAUUCAUUUUCCCGUCAAAAGACAAACUUCUCCUCUAAAAGUAUUAAACACUUUAUGCAUGAGUAAAUUAAUAUUGUUAUAUUGUCUUACACAGAGUUAAUAAAAAGCAAUUUACUAUAUCAGCAAAGAAAUGCUAAUGUGAAUAUAAACCUGAAAAGGGCAUUUUCAGGUUUAUCUGUUCAAUGUAUAUUUCUACUUGUGUCAUGUUUUAUUAUAGAGCACAGUAGACAAGCUGCUGAAGGACACAAAUCUGGCUGUAGUGCUCGGCACUCACACGUGGAGGGAGCAGUUCAUUGAAGCAGUCACUGUCAGUGCAGGUAAGAGGAUAUUUAGUGAUCAUUGGCUUGUUGUUCCUGACUUUAUUCAUGAAUACAGCCACUGUAACAUCACAAUGUCUCUUUUGAUCAGGUGAUGGAGAUGAGGAGGAGGGACAGGAACAGCGGAUGCCGAACUGCUGUGACUACUUCAUGCACAUCUUGUGCAUUUUCUGGAAGAUUCUGUUUGCCUUUGUUCCGCCCACAGAGUACUGGAACGGCUGGGCCUGUUUCAUAGUGUCGAUUUCUGUCAUUGGUUUACUAACAGCCGUCAUUGGAGACCUGGCCUCUCAUUUUGGCUGCACUGUUGGUCUCAGAGACAGUGUCACUGCGGUUGUCUUUGUCGCUCUGGGGACUUCACUUCCCGGUAUGUGAUCAUUAUUUAAUGGAGGUUUGGUUGUGUUGUCAUACAUUAGUUUGUGGUUUACUGUUUUGAAGCAGUCUUGUUCUAUCAUGACCACAUUUGGAUGAUUAGAGGAUGGAUACGUUUCAUUAUACCUCCGUUCUCAUUGUUGACCAUUAUAACAUCCAAUGAGAAAUCUUGAUCUACUUGACUCACAAAGCUUUUCUCCCCUUGUGUCUGUCAGUGUAAAUAUAAUAAUAAUAAUAAUAAUAAUAAUGAUUACAGAGUUUAAAAGGAGACUGAGGGACUUGAGAUGGAGAUGAUUUUAAUGUCCUCUCAGAAAAUAGCUGCAAUACCACCCCUCUGUCUUUAUGAGUGAGUCUGUGAGGUGUGGUCUGAUUGAGGGAGAUAUAAUCCAGUGGUUUGUGCUAGGUUUCUGUGAUACAGAGAAAGACUCACAAUGCUUUCAAAAGUCAUGAGAUUCUGCCAAAUUUUUUCUAAAUAAAUAUGUCUGCUUUUUAGUGAGAAGUGACCACAUUUAAAUGAGAAGGUGGAGUCAGAGAGGAGGGAAGUGCUAGCAAAUGCCAAUUUGUUAGCUAGUGCAAGGAAGUUAAACAGGCUUGUCAGUGAUUUGCAAUAAUAGUCAUAUUAGUUCUUUCUAUCCCUCAAAUCAUACAUGGAAUAAACUGAAGUGCAAAAAGGCAAUAUUAAAGCUCUUGUAAGGGACUUUUGAAGAAAAAGAAGAAUUUUAUUGAUCUCUGAAGGGAAAUUCAACUUUUGGUUGCAUCACUUACAUGCCCUCUGUGGACAAAGCUGUGCCUCUUACCUUUUUGCAGCUUUUGUCCUUUUAAAACCUAAUUUAAAACCUAAUUUUGCACAAAAUCUCAUCCAAAAAUGAGGCUUCUUGCUGGUAAUGUUUUCUGAGCUUCCAAGCCCUGAAUGGUCAGUGUGUUUUCAAAUAAAGAUGCAGCCUCUUAUCUUUAACUCUUUUCUUUCAGACACCUUUGCCAGUAAAGUGGCUGCCACUCAGGACCAGUAUGCAGAUGCUUGUGUGGGCAAUGUGACAGGAAGUAAUGCAGUGAAUGUGUUUCUGGGCAUCGGAGUGGCCUGGUCUGUGGCGGCUGUGUAUUGGGAGGUCAAAGGUAAAGUCUUCCGCGUGGACCCCGGCUCGUUGGCUUUCUCAGUGACGCUCUUCACUAUUUUUGCCUUCUUGGCUAUGGGAGUGUUGAUGAUACGCAGGCGGCCAUCCAUAGGGGGCGAACUGGGAGGCCCCUGGAUCCCCAAACUUCUCACCUCCCUGUUAUUCUUUGGACUCUGGUUCCUCUACGUCCUCUUCUCCAGCUUGGAGGCCUACUGCCAUAUACAAGGCUUCUGAGAGAGCACAGCUAAGGAGAGAAAUGACUUCACAAUAACCAACACACAGCACCAGGACCAACAAAGCACUACAACUACCAUCAUCAACUGCUGCCAUGGCUCAUAAAGUCUAUACACUCCAGACUUAGAAAACUGUAUGUCACAUCCACUGCAGGACAGCUCUGGUCAGUGGACUCUGUGGUGAGAAAACUGAUUCUUCAAACUUCAGUGGACUGAAUAACAUGCAGUGACUGUUAUUCAACAAGGUAAAAAUGGUUGCAUGAAAUAUGACUUUGCUGGAUUUUGCUCAGUAGUCGCUCGAAGUCCUGUGGCUCAUAUUUUGGAUCUCGAGUUUUGUGUUUUUCCUCCUCAUGCUUAAAGAGACUGAGCCCAAUGUAACUGAUCACAUUUGAAAGUAUACAAAGGCCUUUAUUUUUCAGAGGGGUCAUGGGGGUCAUGAGACCCUUUUAUAAAAGUAGAUAUCAAAUAAAGAGCUGUUUUGCAUUCAAUCAGUAAAUGUUGUCAUUUUGUAUAGUCCCAAUUCAAAAAGAAAUGAGGAUGCUGUUUAAUCUAUUCAUAAUAACAGAUUUUGAUGGUGUGUAAAUCAUUUAAACCCUUUAUUUGACUGAAAAGAGUAAAUGGCAGCAAAUGUUGAAAUUGAAUUUUUUUUCAGGUGUCACGAAAAUCUGAAAAAAAGUUAAAUGCCACCAACACAUUUUGAAAAAGUAGAGACAGACACAUAUUUACUUUUUGUGUAGAAACCCAGGAGCCCCUUAUCUGUGACUACUACAGACAGGACAGUUCAGCACCUGAACCCUUCUACUUCAGAGCCAUACAAUUGUGAAAUGUGUAGAAAGUGGUUUUGGCAUUGUCAUACUAAAAUAUGAAAGGUUGUGCCUGAAAAGACAUUGCCUGGAUGACAGCAUAUGUUGCUUCACAACCUGUAGACCAUCAAAGUAGCCCAAAAACCAUGAUUUCCAAAAAGAACGUCAAAUUUUGUGGAUUAUGUUUAAAUAUGGUUCCCUCUUUGCUUGCUACAAUUUUAAUGGGCAUGUCAGUGGAUGGAGCUACAUACUGUAACGUGUUCACAGACAUUAGUUUUGAAGUGAUUUUGAGACCAUGCAGUGAUUUCAAUAACCAAGUCAUGGCUCUUUUUCAUGCAGUGCCCCUGAGACCCCCUGAGAAUGAUCAUGGCCAUCCAGUAUUGGAUCUGGGCCUUGUCCCUCUCCCUGUACAGAGAUUCCCCAGGAUCUUUUAACAGUGUUUAACACUGUAGACAGUGAAUACCUCAUAUUCUUUACAGUGAGGAACAUUAAUUUGACCUGUCAUGUUACUUGCAAGUUGACCUAAAUAAUUUGGAGUUGUUCCACUGGAUGUUUGUCUCAGCAUUACUCAACCUUUUUAGUGUUUUGUUGUCCCUGUUGCAUCUUUUAAAACAGGUUGCUGCCAUAAAACAUUUUUUUCAGUUUUAACUUGAGAGAUGUUGUCUUUGCACUGUUUUAAAUUGAAUAUAGGCUCUGAAUAAGUUUCACACCAUCAGAUUCUGUUUUUAUCAAUUCUUCAGAUAGUGUCCCAACACUUAUAGAAUUGGAACUGUACAUCAAAAUAUGUCUGAAUGUUUAAAAGUGCUGAGCAAAAUAGAAAAAAGCACUAUGGUUAAUUCAAAAAACACACUGUAUUUACUAAAUAAAAAAAAACAAUGUGGCGACUUUAAUAAUGAUUCAUACCAAUAAAAAUCAAGGCAUAUAAUAUAAGCUGCCAGGUGGAGGACUACCUUAAUAAAGACGGCGAUCUAAAGAAAUCAGAAUAGAGUUUAUAAACAAAUUGUUAAUCAGAUGCUUUUAAACUCAGAUUAACUAACCUUUAAACUGUUAAAUAGUCAUAAUAAAAGCUUAUUUUUUUCUUAAUCUUUAAUGUCUCUCUAACCAUGAAUCUGUAAAAAGACUAGAUCAGGAGGGGCCGGGAGCUGAGCUGUCACUGAAAGUAGCUCGACUUGUUGUUAGGUUAAUACUGUACUCAGUCUUUAGAAUGAACAGAGCCCCAAAUAAUGUAUCCUCUGUAGUUUAUAGACGAAUAACUGAGCUUCAUUCUCAAGAUUUUUUUAAAACAGUUUGUAAACAUGUUUAACUCAGCUGUAAAUGUUUUUUUUUUUUUUUUACAUGGAGCCUGAUGGCUGUUUCUUGGCUUUUGGAGCUUACAUCUAGUGGACAGUCAAGGAACUGCAGCUUUUUGAGCGUCUGUGUUGGUUUCAUUUUUCAACACAGGAGGUUUCUGCUUGUUUGUAUCAUGAAACAAAAAAUGUUUUUCUCCAUUGUUUAAGCACAGAUUUGGAUAAUCAAACUGGAAAUGUGUGAGUUGCAGGACAAAUGAGCAAGUAUUUUGUGAGGAGUGAUAUUAAGAGAAGCAAGAGAAGCUGCUUCCGUCUAACACCUCACAGUUACAGUUACAUGGUUUCUCCGUUGAGCGAUGUUUAAUUUAAUGCGCCUGAAAGAACUGAAUUUAAUCUCACUGUAAGUAUUAAUAUGAUCAGAUUUGCACCACAUGGACCCAAUAUUAAGACGUUUAAUUUCUGAAAUACCAUCAUUACAUGGUAAUGGAUUCUGAAUGAAAGAAUAAUGAAAUUAUUGUUCCUAGUAUCUGCCAGUAAGUGUGACUUUCUCCAUGAUUCAUUCACCCUUGAAGUCUUAUCUGUGUAUUUAUCAAUGCUGUAAUUCAAUGUAUUUUUAAUUUAAUGUAUUUGAUCUGAUAUGAAGAGAAAUAUAUUGUAAUUUGUUUUAAGUUGUUAUAAUUAAAGUGAAACUUCAACCGACUGUCUCCUUUUA